AUGGAGAAGGAUGCAAACCCUCAUCGAGACGCGGGAGGAAGUGUCCUGUGCCCCGCUGUCCCCGCAGAACCCUCGGAUAUCAAAACAGUGGGCGGAAUGAAAGAUGUCUGCGAGAAGAGAGCGACUCUGAGUACUUGUGCAAGUGCUAGCGGUGCUAAUGCUACACCCUGCACACAGACAUCAGAUGCUGCUGAGACAAAGCGACGAAGCUGGCCCAAGUCUGCUUAUUUGUGUUCGGACAAAGCAAAAUCCGCGAGCUCGAAUUCAAACGAUCACACCGUGUCCGAGGGUCCUCCGAGCGGGAGUGAGCCCAGCAUCGCAGGAGAGUCCCGCAGCUUUGAUUCACUGGAGUCCUUCUCCAACCUCAACUCCUGCCCGAGUUCAGACCUCAACAGCGAAGGGCUGGAGGACAAGGGGCUGGCUUUGACGAUUCAGAGUGAAUACGGGGCUGAUGGAACGAAAAUCCCCUGUCCUAAAGACAGGGUGACCGGUCAGUCGUUGUACCACAUCAAGUGGAUAAAGUGGAAGGAGGAGAACACGCCUAUCAUCACACAGAACGAGAACGGGCCGUGUCCGCUGCUGGCUAUUAUGAAUGUCCUGCUAUUGUCAUGGAAGGUCAAGCUGCCACCAAUGAUGGAGAUAAUAACAGCAGAGCAGCUGAUGGAAUAUCUAGAAUGGUGAUGGACAGCACCAGAUCAGGGAAAUACCCAGGGG